AUGCCAGUAUUUCGUGCAUGGCUGGUAGCAUAUGUACUGGUGCUUGUACAAACAGGUACAAACAAUCCACACCUGAAUACUUACACAAGUUGGUCUGAUCCAGUUUGCCUAAGACAGAAUUAUGCAUCCUCAAGUUUUCGUAUUUCUCCCGGAGAUUACUCUGUCGAAGAUUUAACCCAAGAUGUUUGCAAGCAGCGUUGUUCUGAACAACGCUAUUCAUAUGCUGGAUUCAUGUCGAGGCUCUAUUGCCUGUGUACAGAUAACAUUGAUGAUUUAUCAACUGAAGAUCUAGAGAAAUGUAAUGAAUAUUGCCUUGGCAAUGAGAAAGAAAUUUGUGGAUCAGAUGACCCUGAUCUUAUCUAUGUCAUUGAAGCGGAUUUCAUUGGAACUGUUGAAAACAUUACAAUUUUCUUAGAAAAGAGUGUAUUUUCAACAGAUGAAGCUGUAAAAAUCUCUAUCAAUGUUGAUGCAAGCACUAAGGUCUUAGUAGCUGUAGAUUUUGGUGAUGGAAAUUCAGUUGUUCUCAAUAAAGAACCGUAUGAAAUCGAAAAAUAUUAUAAAGUGAUUGGAGAAUAUAAAAUUCACGCAACGGCUUUUGAUGUUGCAAAGAUAAAAAAGCCUGUUUUUGAUGAAAUAACUAUUCAAAUAGAAGAACAGCAUACAAUGUUCAAAGUACAUUGCCCUGAUGUUGUUAAACCAGAAAUAGAGAGCUACUGUUCUGUGCAGUUUUUGUCUGGAUCUCAUCUCUCUAUGACUUUUGAAAUGGAGGAUGAUGCUGACAAAGAAUCUGAUGAGUAUGAAAUUCCAGAUCCAUUUUAUACAUUUAUUGGACAGCCUGUUCCACCAUUUGUUGAUGAAACUAGUGUUUGUGAUGCGUCUGAGAAUGAAUACUUUUUGACAUAUAUUGAAGUUCCUCACCAAGCUCUUCUCUUUGGUUUUGAGUAUUUGGUGAAAAAAACCGGAAAAUUUAAAUUUAUGGUAUUAAGCCCAGUGUGUGACUCUGACUUAUACUGUGAGGAAACAUCACAAUGUAGCGCAAGUUGUUCAGCUCCAAAUUUAAGAACUUGUAGCAAUGAUAAAGUGUUAUGUUCUUAUAUUGUCCAGUGUGUGGAUCCAGAGGCACCACCCAUGUGCAGUACAAAAAAGAAUAGUUUUCAAUAUGAAGUUAAACAAUCAUUUGAUGUAGAAGCAGAAAAUACUGGCUAUGGGUAUUUCAAUAUUGAUGAUGCUGAUCAUACUUCUGUUGUUCCUGGGGAUAUUAUUGGCUUCUCAACAGAUGGGAGUUCCGCUUUGUGGUGUUGGAAUGUUUCAGAUUAUGAGUCAGACAAAGGAAUUCAUGACUCAACCGCUGAAAAUACUCUUAGUGUUUUACAUUAUUUUGGUGCUAUUUUGGUUGAAUCUAACUAUAUCUAUCUGAAACAUAUGUAUAAUUCGACUGGGAAUUUUACAGUUUCAGUAUCAGUAAGAGAUUAUUGGUCUGAAGAUGCAAAAACAAGUUCAACUCAUCUUCCUGUUCAGAUUCCAAUGUCUGAAGUUUCUUUAAAUGUGCAAAAAGGCAGUUCACUGAUUGGCAGAGAUGUCUCCUUUACUGUUGUUGUAGUAAAUGGUAGUGACCUAACUUUGUUAUGGAACUAUUAUGGAAAAGAAGAAAUGGAAUAUUUUGAUAAAAUACCUGAUGGUGGCUUCCAAAAAUCAAUAGAAUGUUCAUCAAGUGAUGAUUUUCAAGUAACAGUUAACAUAUCAAACUUGUGGUCCUCUGAGGUAUUAUCUGGAGAAUUUCACUGCUAUCAUCCUAUUAGUAAGAACUGGACUCUUUCAUCAACUUCGCCGAAAUCUACUCCUCCAGGCGACGUGAAAUUUGAACUGGAGUUUUCAGGAUCAAAGUUGCCAAGAUCAUCUGUGUAUGCUGUAAAUUUUGGAGAUGGUUCCAAGAUGGAUGUGACGGAAAUUUCUUCUGAUUCGGACAAAUGGCAAACUUCUUUUUCUCAUAAGUAUGAAGAAGGAGGAAAUUUUACUGUAACUGUGAACAUAUCUAAUGAUGUGGAUUUUGAAAUCUUCAAAACUGAUAUUAAAAUUUAUGCCAAGAUGACAAACUUAUCUGUAGUUCCUUAUUUUGUAAAACAAGGACAAUAUCCAGAAGAUAAAAUGGCCCUAAAAGGAAAGCAUUCCACUGAUGCACCAGUUGAUUCAACAGUUUAUUUUGAAAAUUCUAUUUCUGGAUAUGUAACAAAAUAUUCCAUGCUAUCUGAAGAUAAUGAACUUAGUACUGAAGCCAGUGAAAAUAUCAUUUCACAUACCUUCAAGAAAGUUGGUGAGUGGGAGCUCAAAUUUGUGGCUUGCAAUUCGGAGAUAGAUGAAUGCGGCAAUGAAGUUGAACUCCUUGUUCGGAUACUGGAAGAUGUUUCUGAUUUUGAUUUUGGUGUUAGUUCCACAGAAACAGAAGUCGACAAAAUUAUAGAGUUUUCUAUCGAUUUGUCUGGUAUUGAUGACUACACUUGUAUAAUGUUUAAUCCAGGCGAUGAUGAACUUUUUCUGGCUUUCCAUAACAGGGAAGUUUGUACCAUCUAUUAUAAUGAAGGCGAAUUUCGUUUCAUCAAGAAAUCAUCAAGUGGUUCUUCCAGGAAACGAAGGGAUGCAGAUAAAGCUCAAUGGGAAGAUGAUUCUGCUAUAAACAUUCUCUAUCAUUAUGUUUAUGGCGGGGAAUUCAAUCCUGAGGUUGAUGUUUUCAAUUCUGUGAGUCGAUUAAAGAAAAAUAUAACUGUAUCUGUGUCGGAUGGUGAAUACCAAACCCCUCUUGUAUGGAUUGAUGAUAACUCAACUGAUGUUGAGAAUCCUUUGAAAAGACAUAGGGGAUAUGACUUUAGACUAGAAACAACAGCUAUAUUCAGAUCAGAUAAAUCAUAUCUUGCCUCUCAUCUCUGGACUGUUUUUAAGUUAGACAACAUGGGAGGAGAAGAAGAAAUUGACAUUUCAGAUUUGAAGACACACAAUUGUUCGGCAAUCCGAGUGACAAAAAGAACACUGGAAAUAGGACUGUAUAAGUUGAAAUAUACAGUAACUGUCUAUGCUGAAGAUGAUGAAACUGAAGAAAACAAUGAAACCGAAGAUGAUGAAUAUGAAAUAUCAUUUGAGAAUCGAACCGUACUUGCAAAACGCACAGUUUAUACAUAUUUAGAAAUCAUUCCUACCCCUCUCAUACCAAUGGUAAUAAAAGGAGGAGCAUCACAUAUUGUUCGUGGGUUUGGACAAAAAAUAAUGCUUGAGCCUACAGUUUAUACUGAAGAUCCUGAUUAUCCUGAUAAUAAGGAGUAUGAAGUAACGUGGUUCUGUGUACGUGUUGAUAAGAAUGAAACCCUAACUGAACUCUCAGAACACGAGUAUGAUACUGGCAAUCCUUCAAAACCCAUUACAGACCGUUCAAAAGUUGCUGGGAAGAAAGAUAAUGGAGGUUGCUUUGGUAAAGGACCAGGUCUAAUGCAAAUAGGAAAAGGUGAUUAUGAAUUGAACAGUAAAACUCUGUGGACAUGGGAUGCUACUUAUGAGAUUCUAGCUGUGAUUAGAAAGGAUAACAAAGUAGCUGAAUGUUAUAUUUCAGUCAAAGUGAUUGAAAUGUUGCCUCCAAGUCUUCGAUUGAUGUGUGAAAAACAUGUUGCUUGCUUUCCACAACAAAAAGGACAGUAUAUAAAUCCUAACACUUUUGUGCCCUUGAAAGCAGACUGCACUGAAAACUGUGGUGAAGGUGAUUUGACAUUCGAAUGGACUAUUUAUGCAUCUAGUUUCAGUACUUGGGAAAAAGUAGCCAUAGAAAAUUGGGAAGCUCAUGCAACUGUGGACAAUGAAAGGCUAGGAAUCAACCAGAGCUUGUACCUGGAAUAUCCUGAUGUGAAAGUUUUUGCUGUGGAAGUUCGAGGUUAUUUGUCUGAUCCAGACAUACCAAGAGGCCUUUCUUCUCUCUUUCUUAUCCUCAAUCAUCCACCUGAAAAUGGACUAUGUAGAAUGAAUGCCACUCAAGGCAUGGCUCUGUUGGAUAUUUUCUCCAUUGAAUUUCUUAAUUGGGAUGACAAAGAUAAUCAUAACAUAGCAGAUUAUAGCAUCUAUGUGAAAUAUGAUGACCAGUUCUUACGACUAUCUUAUGGAAUGAAGACAAAAAUCAUGGUAGUAUUACCAUAUGGCGACCUUGAGGUAUGGUGCUCUGUUGAAGACCAUGUUGGAGGUAUUACAAUGCAUAGCGCUGCAAAUUUCUCCACGGGUUUACCUACUGAGGAAGAAUUGGAAGAUUAUGAGAGUCUUAGACUCUUUGAUAAAUGCCUGGCAGAAGGCAAGAUGUCGAUGGCCUCACAAAUAGUUAUUGCUAAAAACUCCAUUAUUGUGGAGUAUAAAAAGCGGAAAAAUCAGACUGGGAAUUUUGCUGAAGUCAGUGAAGAAGAAGUUGACCAAAAGUGGCUGGAAUUCUUGGACCUAGAUGGGAUUGAUAGCAGUUACUUUACUCCUCAGGCUAAAGACGAGAUUCGUGAAAUGCUGACUGAAAUUUUAGAAAAACAGCAAGAUGCUGAAACUAAGGUCAAGAAUAAGGAAGUGAGCAAGCUCUUGAGGCUACCAAUGGAAGCCUUGCCUGAUGCUGAGAUUUUUGGAGGAGCUUUAAGUGCUGUUGCUGAAAAUGGUCCAUCAGAUUUGACUGGAAAACUAAAAAUAAUGCAGGGCAUGGAUAAUAUGUUCAAUGUCAUCAAUGUAACAGAAGUUCCUCAUCCAGAGAAUAAAAAAAUAGUUUUUAGCCAAUUUGGAAAUUUAGCUGAUUCUAUUGCUGGUUCAUUGGCUGAAUCAAAUAUUGGAGGUCAUUUUUUGCCUGCAGAACUUAAAAAAGCAGAAGAAGAGCUGGAUUAUAAUGCUACUGAGCCUAAUUAUUUCAUAUUUUACGUGGAAGGGAAUCGUAAAGAGGUUCAAGAGCGUCUCAAAGAUAGAGCUGUUGAUGCUGCAAAAGAAGAGCAAGCGAGUAAUUCAAAAGAAAUGGUUACUAAAAUCAAGGACAUGAUAUCUAGCAUUCAAGAAGAAUGCAUGGAAGAUCUAAUGGUUGGCCCUGAGCCUUUCUAUGCUGAGUCACGAAGUGGUUUUCAAAUGACUUUUCUAAAGAAUUUUGCAUCAGAGUUAUCUGGUAGUUCUAUCCAGCAAGGGGGCUCAACAAUAAUUCUGCCUGACAUUUGUAACAUUUUGAACAAACAAAAUUGCAAAGAUGAUGCUUUGGGGAUACAAACUGUCCGUUGGACUCAGCCACUGGAAUCGUAUGGUGCAAAUUCUGCUAAUUUGAGUGAGUACUCAAAUGUACUUCAAGUUGAAAUUACAUCAAGAGAAGGAAAUGCAAGCAUUCCUAUUUCUGAUGCGAAUGAAUUCUUCCUCAUUUGUAUUCCUUAUGUUGGGGCCAAAAACGGAGAAAAUGAGAUGGAGUACAUUGUCCCUGAAUUUCAAAGAGAUGACGACAUUUUAGUUUAUCACACAAUAUUUGUUGAAUCUUCUGGGACAACUGUUAUUGUAAACUUAAAACCAGACAACCCAUCUGCACCUUUGAUUGUCUUAUACAAAUAUGGAGAGCAACCAUCCUUACUAGAUUAUGAUGAUAUUUUACCUAUGCAAGACAUUGCAUCCACAGACGGUAUUCACAGCUUAUACAUUGGAGCUAAAGUUAUCACAGACGGUGGGAAAAAUUUAUCAAUCGCUAUAGGACAUUUAUCUAACACUACAAAUGCAAAAUUAUUUUUUGAAAAUCAAGACAAGUAUAAUUUGUCUGUUGUAAAUAUGACAAAUAAAUUUUCCUCCAAUUACUCCAUCAAAAUUUCAACGACUGGAUGCUACUACUUCAGCGAAAGUGAAGAAAAAUGGAGCACAGAUGGAUGCCAAGUUGUUAGCAGUGCUUCUGGUGUUACUUGUUGUGAAUGCAAUCAUCUGACUUCAUUCAGCAGUGGCUUUUUUGUGACUCCAAGUGAAAUUGAUUUCAGUUACGUAUUUGCUAAUGCUGGUUUCAAGAAUAAUGUCACAAUUUAUGCUACCAUCAUUGUGACAUUGUCUGUCUUCAUUCUGUUGCUUAUCUAUGCUCGAUGGAGGGAUAGAAAAGAUCUGCAAAAGCUUGGAGCUACCCCAUUGCCUGACAAUGAAGCUUCUGAUAAAUAUAUUUAUGAAAUUUUGGUUUUCACUGGACAUCAGAGGAAUGCUGGGACCAAAUCAAAUGUGUUUUUCAUUGUUUCUGGUGAGGAUGACGAGACAGAAGUUCGACACUUAGCAGAUGAUAAGCGUCCCAUUUUGCAGAAGGGAUCUGUGGAUGUUUUUGUUAUGUCUGUUUCUAGGUGA